AUGGAGGAUACACAGAACCCCAUUGACCUAAUGGCCGUGAUCAAUGCGGCGGUAGCUGCAUCCCUCGAGAAGGCCAUAGCAAAGGUGCUUCCAACGGCCUCUGAUGCCCUCAAGCCAGUUGGCAAAACUUAUCGCACCAGGGAGGACACAGAAGAAUCAGAUGAUUCCUCCAGGGAGAGACAACGCCCGGCGAAACGCCAUUGGAAGGGCGAAGAGUCUCGGAAGGCCGCUAGCAAGAUCAAGGUGCCCCUCAAACGUUCCCUAAAGAAGUCUCCUUGGACGAGGACAGAGAUAUGCCCCACUCCUUCUCCAUCUUGGACGAGUGGCAGCCUACGUCAAGGAGACCUUUCUGGGUGAGACCCAGAGCAAAGGAGAUGCAGAGUCUUCCACUACGGCCACUACUCAAGAACAGGAGGUCAUUUUGGAUGCCAUGGGGCAAUGGAUGUUUGACCCCAGAAACAUACGCCAUCCCUGCUCCGGGGAAUGGGCUCCACCUGAACACCUCCUUAAGUUUAUGCACUUCUGGAUCUGCAAGCCUUUGGAGAAACAUGUCUGCAAAAGGAUGUGGGUGGAGACCAUUCCUGCCAGAUAAGGUGGCGUAUAUGCCUGAGUUUGACCAACUCAUGCUGGUCUUCAUGGAACGAGGUGGUUGCGACCCACUCAGAGGGGUCGAACGUAGCCUCAGAGGGGCGCACGACAAUCUCCUGGACGCAAUGGGGCCACUGGCCCGGGUGAUGUACCUUGUGGAUGAUGCUUACGCCAGAGCAGACUCCUUCAACAUGUUUAUAGUGCGUGAAUGAGCACAUGACAUUAGGGAGUGGACCCAAUGGGGUUUCUGCUUCCUGGAAAAUACUAAUGCAGCCCUCUCAACAGAGUGGCACCGUGCAACACUCUUCCGCAUCAACCCCAAAUUGUCUGACAUUGAAGAAUUAGGCCCACAGGCACAGGGCAAACAUUUUGGAGAGGCGUUCAUGAAGGGGCUGAACAAGCACGUGAACGUGUUCACUUCUAUGAACCUGGCCCACACCUACAUGCGUAAAGUGUUCAGAGGCAACCCUUCCAGGGGUGUUUUCCCCAGGGCUGGUCGGCAACAGGGCCGUGCCACCAGCCACUUUUGGCCAUCAGAGUACGGUGUAUCACCAAAUUAAUAUAUAUAUUACACAAGGUUCGUCUACAUUAAAAGGUAUUUAUUAAAAGGCAACAACACAAUACUAUAAAUGUAUCACAAACACACAGCCCAGACCCACAGAGCAACAACCCUUUUUAAAUCUAUCUAUCUAUAUAGUAAUCCCCUUCCCCACACGUUUGAUCUCACCCACGGUUAGGCCUUCACAUCUAGUAAUGGCUCACUGCUGCAAGUUCAAACUCACAUCCACCAAGGAAGAAAAGGAAGCAACAGAGUGUAACAUGGUUCACCAUGCUAGCACGUGGCGUCUGCACAUCUGCUCUGCAGCACAGCCAAGAAGGAACAGAGCGGAAUGGAGAAAGGGGGAAGUAGUUAUCUCUUUCCUGACUUGUAAAGGUAUUGAAUUACCCAAUUACCAUUUCAAAAGGGUAAAGCUUAUCCCACUGUAAGAAAGUCAAACAUGAGCUUGGUCACAUGACCCCUGGUCACCAUAUUAGUUUGAUGACAGAAUGUCACCACACAGAGCCCCGCAUGGGACACCCUCAGCACUUCUACACGCAGCAGUCCUAUCCGGAGACAGCACUACCCCAGCUACCAGAGGGGAUCGGACAGAGGCCGGGGAGGAUGUGGACGUGCCCGUGCAAGGUUUCCCACAGGUGAGAAACACAAACACACCUAUGCCUUUAUUAACCAUGACUGCCGGCCGUGUUUCCCUUUUUUCCCAAUUGCCCAAUUGGGCAAAACUAUCCACAAACACUUGGGUGGGCUAUCGCAUCGAACUACAGACAUGCCCCAUACCAAGGCAACCCCCUUGCCCCCUAUGCUUCUCUGACAUGGACGCCCAGCUCAUAGAGUUGGAGCUCCGCGAACUACACACGAAAGGUGCGAUAAAACACGCGCACACACAAGGGGGCUUCUUCAGCAACAUGUUCUUCAUCAGCAAAAAAAACGGGGACUUCAGACCGGUGAUCAACUUAAGGGAACUGAACUACCAGGUUACAUACCGGCACUUCAAAAUGGAAGGCAUUCACUUUUUGACACCUUUACUAUCGGACUGGAAGGGGUCACAUUCAGAAUUUCAAGACGAACCAUAUCCGAUUCUUCAUCAGUAUUCUACCCGUUCUUCACCUCAGACCCUCAACUAUGUGUGGUCAGAACUUUGCGAGCGUAUAUGCCGGCAACGGAGACACUACGCUGGUCAACUUCCCGACAAUUACUGA